GAUGGAGGCAGAUCUAAUGGUGGUCUUGUUCCACAGCUAACAUUGGUCUAACAUCAUGAACUUUCUCAUCAGGUACUGUUGAAAUGAAAAACAGGACUACCAUAGGAUGAAAAAUGGGAUGAAAGAGACAAGACGUAUGAGGGAGACGGGCAGGACGAGAGAGACAAGAUGAGCAAGAAAGUGAAAGAUGGUCCUAAAGAGAGAGGACCAAAGCGGGAGGAAAUAAAGAUGGAGACAAAUAGGACAAAAUAUGACAAAUGUUUUACAGGACAAAAAGAGAGACAGGAGUAUGGAAAACGAGAGAGAAUGAACGAAAGAGACAGGCAGGAUGAAAGCAAGAUGGACACAGAAAGAAAAAGAAAGGAUGACCAAGAAUGUGACGUGGAAGAUAGACGGAGCCAAAGAGAGUCGGGACAGAGACAGAAUGGAAGGUCGGGCGACAGGAGUGCAAAGAUGAGGAGGCCAAGAACAUGAGGAGAGACAGAGGGGGCGGGGCGAGGCAGACAGCGAAGUCGUACCACACGUAGUUCCAUGGUGUAGGCUAGUCAUCGGGUGACUGGAGCCGGUGGCCUGAUGUUUAUGGGACCCUCUGACCGCUGAAAGGAACUUUUCUUGUCAACGGUAAGGUCAGUUUUGUGUUCUCCAUUAUGGCGGCCGCAUCAUACGAUCAGCUGUUGAGGCAGGUGGAGGUGCUGAAGAUGGAAAACUCAAACCUGCGACAGGAGCUGCAAGACAACUCGAACCACCUUACUAAACUGGAGACUGAAGCAUCCAAUAUGAAGGAAGUUCUGAAACAACUGCAGGGAAACAUGGAGGAAGAAUCUGGAGACGCAUUAAAGGACAGACUUAAAGAUUUGACCCUUGAUCCUGCAACUUUGAGAUCCCGGUCAAGACCUCCUGUACCUCCUUCAUCCUCAUCCAGUUCGUCCUCGUCUGGUCUUGGAACUCCUGCAGGUGCAACUGGAAGUGCUCCUUCCACCACUGUUGCUGCGCCCAGAAGAGGAGUCUUAUCAGUCAACCGAGAAGGUGGACAUGACCGUUGCCUUGAGGAGCUCGAGAAGGAACGCUCACUCUUAUUGGAGGAAUUGGAAAAGGAGGAGAAGGAGAAGGACUGGUACUACGCUCAGCUCCAGAACCUGACCAAGAGGAUCGACAGCCUGCCACUCACCGAAAAUUUCACUCUACAGACUGACAUGAGUCGGCGUCAGUUGGAGUUUGAGGCAAGACAAAUCCGCUCAGCGAUGGAGGAGCAACUGGGAUCAUGUCAGGAGAUGGAGCGCAGAGCACAGACUCGAGUAUCUCGGAUACAGCAGAUCGAGAAAGACAUCCAGAACUUCGGUGCUCGGCUGCAGGUGGAACCAGUUCAGGCUCAAAGUGAUGGCACUGGACUGUGCACUAGUCUUCCUAGUUCGAGCAGCAUUCUUGAUUCUGCCAGUGAGAGCAGCUACUCUGUUCCCCGAAGAAUCACCAGCCACCUGGGAACCAAGGUGGAGAUGGUGUACAGUCUCUUAUCCAUGCUUGGGACUCAUGACAAGGAUGAUAUGUCUCGCACACUGCUGGCCAUGUCCAGUUCACAGGACUCGUGCAUUGCCAUGCGUCAGUCCGGCUGUCUCCCGCUGCUCAUCCAGCUGCUACAUGGCAACGACAAAGACUCACUGUUACUAGGUAAUUCUCGUGGCAGCAAAGAAGCACGAGCUCGGGCGUCUGCUGCUUUACACAACAUUGUGCACAGUCAACCAGAUGACAAGCGAGGCAGACGAGAAAUCAGGGUGCUCCACCUGCUGGAACAAGUGCGCCACUACUGCGAGGCCUGCUGGAGCUGGCAGGAAAAUCAUGAGCGUGGCAUAGACCAGGAGGACAACCCCAUGCCGUCGCCGGUGGACCACCAGAUCUGUCCCGCUGUUUGCGUCCUGAUGAAGCUUUCCUUCGAUGAGGAACACCGACAUGCGAUGAACGAGCUGGGUGGUCUGCAAGCGGUGGCUGAGCUUCUCCAAGUUGACUGUGAGAUGUUUGGACUCAGCAGUGACCACUACAGCAUUACACUGCGCCGCUACUCGGGCAUGGCACUCACAAAUCUCACAUUUGGAGAUGUGGCUAACAAGGCGACGCUGUGCUCCAUGAAGGGCUGCAUGAGAGCCAUGGUGGCCCAGCUCAAGUCGGAGAGCGAGGAUUUGCAACAGGUAAUCGCUAGUGUUCUCAGAAAUCUGUCGUGGCGCGCUGAUGUCAACAGUAAGAAGACGCUUCGUGAGGUUGGCAGCGUUGGGGCACUCAUGGGCUGUGCUCUGGAGGUCCAGAAGGAGUCGACGUUGAAGUCUGUACUGAGCGCACUUUGGAACCUGUCAGCCCACUGCACGGAGAAUAAGGCUGACAUCUGUGUGGUGGAGGGAGCGCUGGCGUUCCUUGUGGCGACGCUGAGUCAUCGCAGCCACACCAAUACCCUUGCCAUAAUCGAGAGCGGUGGUGGUAUACUACGCAAUGUGUCCAGUCUCAUCGCCACAAACGAAGCGCACAGGCAGAUCCUAAGAGAACACGGUUGCCUCCCCACGCUCCUGCAGCACCUGAAGUCUCAUAGUCUAACCAUAGUGUCCAAUGCCUGCGGUACACUCUGGAACUUGUCGGCACGCGACGCCAAGGACCAGGAAGCCUUGUGGGAGCUAGGUGCCGUGGGAAUGCUGCGGAAUUUAAUCCACUCCCGCCACAAGAUGAUUGCCAUGGGCAGCGCUGCAGCAUUACGUAACCUAAUGGCCAAUCGACCAGCUCGCUACAAGGACGCCAAUGUUGUGUCACCUGGUGUUGGUGCGCCGUCACUGCAUGCCCGUAAACAGAAGGCAUUGAUUGAGGAGUUGGAUGCACAACAGCUUUCUGAGACCUUCGACAACAUCGACAACCUCAGCCCCAAGGCUGCUGGCAGAAAGGGGCGAGGCUGCGCUAGUGGUGGAAUGCCUGCCACGCGCUCAUAUACUAAUACACCAGUGCUGUCAAGCCCAAAACAUGCAGAAGUGCCAAAGCGAAGUGAGCAGGCAGUGGCUUAUGCGCGUCCCAGUGUGCGAGCCUCCAGCGACAGCCUGAACAGUGUGACUAGUGCGGAUGGCUACGGGAAUCGAGGCAAAAACAAGCCGUCCACCGAACCAGUUUACUCACCAGAAGAGAGUCGUUGCUGCGUCUACAGAAAGUAUCCCGCAGACCUCGCCCACAAGAUUCGCAGCGCAAACCACAUGGCUGAUGAUGACGGGGCAGAGCUAGACACACCCAUCAACUACAGCCUUAAGUACUCUGAUGAACAGCUAAAUUCUGGGAGACAGAGCCCCAGUCACCGUGACGAGGAGGAUGAGCAGGAGGUCCGGUUGAGGCUAAGAAACGGAGGGGCUGAUUCAGCCACAAAUCACGUCCCAAGUGGUUCACAAUCUCACUAUGCUGCCACGGCAACAACAGCCUACAGCACAGAGGCACACCAUGAGCAGCCUAUUGACUACAGCCUUAAGUAUGACUCCAGUCACAAACCUUUGUUUAAAACUGAGGAAAACACGCCCCCCACCUUUGCUUCCCCAGUGCCCUCAUCUGCCAGCAAGUCCCGCCCCGCGCCUCCCCCAACCAAUCGAGGUAUGCCAAAGAGCAACCAGGAGUCGACUCAGACAUACUGUGUGGAGGACACUCCCAUCUGCUUCUCCAGAGGUAGUUCACUGUCACCUCUUUCUUCGUCCGAAGAGGAGGAUGGAAUUGGCAGAAAAAGGAGAGGUGCUGCCUCGAGUCGAGGUGGGAAUGACUACCCAACACUUCCUGUCACUGAGAAAGAUUCCCGGCAGCAGAAGGAGGUGGAAAGUCAAACCGCUACUGCUGCCCAAUCAUCACGGGGUCGACGAACUCACCACCAUCAUGGGCACACACACCACCACCACCAUGUAACCACGCCUGGCAGUCGCACCCCAAAGAGCCCGCCAGAGCAGCCUUAUGCUCAGGAGACGCCACUGAUGUUCAGUCGCUGUACUUCUGUAAGCUCUUUGGACAGCUUUAGCACCUCCUCCAUAGCGUCAUCCGUCCGCUCAAGUGAGCCCUGCAGCGGUGAGCCCAGCGGAGUGGUCAGUCCUAGUGACCUGCCAGACAGCCCUGGCCAAACCAUGCCUCCAAGUCGUGCAAAGACUCCUCCUUUGCCACCGCCUGACCUUAAGAUGAAUCUAGAGACGCCAGUUAAGGUGGAGGAGCAACGGCAGGAGGAGGCGGAGGAGAGUAGUGCUGAUGUAAUAUUGCAUUUUGCUACUGAGAGCACACCGCACGGCUUUUCUAGAGCCUCUAGUUUGAGUGCAAUCACUAUGGAUGAGCCCUUUAUUAGUGCUGAAAAAAAGAAUGUGGAAGGUGGCAAAGAUGACUCCAGGAAGGAGGUUUCGAACAAAGAAUUAUUGGACGAUUCUGAUGAUGAUGAUGACAAUGAAAUCCUGGAAGCGUGUAUCCAUAUGGCUAUGCCCAAGUCAUCGCAGAAACACAAGAAACAGCAGCAAGCCGUGCCCCGAAAACCGAGUCAACUGCCAGUUUACAAGUUAUUUCCGCCGCAGAGUCGCAGUCAAUCUCAGAGCAGGAAGGAAGCUCCGCCCCUGGAAGAGACGCCACGGGUUUAUUGCGUGGAAGAUACGCCGCUCAACUUUUCUACAGCAACCUCCCUCAGUGACCUCACCAUUGAAUCUCCACCCAACGAAGUGGCAGUAGUUUCAUCAGUUGGUUCUGUAGCAUUGAGGGGGCAGGUUGGGAACCCAGAAGGAGAGAAUGGUGAUGAUAUUCUGGCUGAGUGCAUUAGUGCUGCAAUGCCGAAACCCAAAGCACGUAAACCAAGCAAAUCCUCUGAUGAAGUCCUGCAACCUCCACAACCCUCUCCUUCUCUUCCCCCACUGGUCGCUCCCCAGUUAGGUCCACAGAAGAAGAAGCCAACUUCCCCCGUGAAGCCAAUGCCACAGCGGCCAGGCUAUGGCGCUGUGGUGAAAAUGAAACCAGGUUUUGCCUUCGACUCCCCACAUCACUAUACCCCCAUUGAAGGCACUCCCUGUUGCUUCUCUCGCAACGACUCGCUCAGCUCAUUGGACUUUGACGAAGACGAGGCUUGUGAGGGUCGAGGCGGGCACAAAGAUGAAGAGGGAAGGAAAGCGAAAGAAGACAAAAAAAAGCAGCAGUUGGCAGCUGUUUCACCAAGAACCAAGCACGUGGGUAGCCACCCGCCUGUGGAUGAGCAGCAAAAGUUUUCCAUCGAAGACACACCUGUUUGCUUCUCCCGAAAUUCCUCUCUCAGUUCACUGAGUGACAUUGACCAGGAGAACAAUAACAAGGAGUUUGCUCCACCCCCACUCAAGUUGGAGGUCAAAGUGGAAGACCCAGAACAGAAAAUGCGCCCGCCCAACCAGACAGAUCCCAAACAGCGGCCCACUGGAGUCUACGCGCCCAAGGCUUUUCACGUUGAAGAUACCCCCGUGUGCUUCUCCAGAAACUCCUCCCUCAGCUCACUGAGCAUUGACUCGGAAGAUGACCUCCUGCAGGAGUGCAUCAGCUCUGCCAUGCCCAAGAAGAAAAAGAAGGCAACCUCUCACUCGACAGUUCCUACCGUUCAUCCUGUGCCCACGACGCAUGUGGUGGCCACAAAUUCCCCCUCUGUGAUCCAGACCCCAACGGCCUCUGCUGUUCCCCCCCUCGCUGGCUCUACAUCUCCUGCUGUCUCUGACCCCCAACCUGUUUCACCGUCUGUUCCUGCCCUUCCUCUAGUUGCGUCUGCCCCACCAAAUGUCUCCAUGUGUCCCCCUGUCCCAAUGACACUCACAGAUGACAGUAUUCUGGCUGAAAAGGAGCUGCUGGAGGAGACACAGAGCCCAACCUCCCCAGAUUCUGAGUCAUUUGAUUGGAAGGCAAUCCAGGAGGGAGCUAACUCUAUCGUCAGCAGCCUUCAUGCUGCUGCUGCUGCCUGUUCGCUGUCUCGGCAACCUUCCUCAGACUCGGACUCAGUGUUGUCGCUUAUGUCAGUGGGCUCCCCAUUUCGCCUCCCGCCUACAAGUCAGGAGGUGGAUGAGGUUGAGAAGAAGGAGGAAGGCCCCAAGAAAGGAGCCAAAAUCCUGAAGCCAUCAGAGCGCAGCACUCUGGAAAUGCGCAAGAAGAAGGAGGAAGAGGAUGAAGAGGAGUGCAAAUCUGUUCGUGGCGGGAAAAAGGUGUACAGAAGUCUCAUCACAGGCAAGCCUCGGACGGAGUCUGCAGCCAGAGGGCGGAGCAAACCAAGGCCAGCCGCUGGCCCGAAAGCUCCUGGAAGCAGUGAUGGAGGGGGUGGCUCCUCGCGGGAGUCCACUCCGUCUCGCUCUUCCACAACCUUUCAGAAGGGUGUAAAGUUGUCCCAACUCCCACGCUCUGCAUCUCCAGGAAGUGGCUCUUCCUCAUCAUCUGCCAGAACCAACAAACACAACCAGAGAAGCCCAGCUGCAGGACUGGCCCGCAGUGAGUCGGCGUCCAAGAUUGCCACGCCUCCAAAAAAGCAGAAGGCAGAGCCUGAAAAGCCGACACUUACUCGGCAGUCAACCUUCAUCAAGGAGACCCCCAGCCCGACGCUUAAGAGGAAGCUGGAGGACUCAACAGGAACCUCACCAGCACCAGAGCCACUAUCUAGCCCAGACGCUUCUCUGCCAGUGAUGACUAGUAAACACCAGGUCAACCGAUCCCACUCUGAAAGCCCUUCACGGCCACAGGAGGCGACGUCGCGUUUCAGCCGCACUGGCACAUGGAAGCGGGAAAACAGCAGUGGAGGACAUGUUGGCAAACACUCCACAUCGUUACCUCGUGUAGGUACAUGGAAAAGGACAGGAAGUUCUUCCUCUGUGCUUUCAGCAUCUUCUGAGUCGAGUGAGAAGGGCCGGAGUGAGGAAGACUCCACGGGCAGGUCUAAAGGAACUUGGAAGAAGACAAAGGCUAGCGCCGAGGUCGGGCGAAGCUCUGAGGAUGUGUGGGUGCGCCUGGAAGACUGUCCUGUCAACAACCCUCGUUCUGCAUCUUCUUGCUCUAUCCAGUCCCCCACUGCUACAAUUGCCCCACCUGUUAUUGACAGCCCCGCCUCCGGCAAGGUAUCGUCCUCCACCUCCUCUUCCUCCUCCAACCUAAACCUCCGACGAAGCUGCGAGAGUUUGGACAAACCACUACCCACAGAGCGCCAGCAGCAGCAGCAGCGUCCCCCACAGGCUCAGCGCGGUGCAACUGUGGCUGCCCGUGUGAGCCCCUUCAACUACACACCCAGUCCCCGUAAAAGCGGAGCUGAAGCCUCCCCUCCUGUAGGUGUCACCACACCUGCCACCCCAUCGUCCGCUGCGUCAGGCCGCCCCUCACUCAUUCCCACCCCUGUCACAAAGAAGCGCGAUCCGAAACCAGGAGAGGGCGGUGGUGAGCGGGGCUCCUACAUCGUCACCUCUGUGUGAUGUCCUGUAAAUAUGAGGUGUACAGAAAGUGUCGUUCUAGCCCCUCCACUACCACCACAAAAAUGAGACGUCAUGUUUUUAUAUCGAUUGUGUAGCGCUUAGCUCCGCCCCCUGUCUGUGCAUGCCCUCCCCCAACAAAGACAGCUGCCACGGUAACAUUAAGUGAUGCUGUGAUGAUCCUGAUGAAACACUGUUAACUUAUUUCUCACUUUUUAUUUUUGCUGCUGAAGGACUAAGAAUAAAGGCAGGCAUUUGAUCUGAAUGAGUGUCUGUCAUUCAUUUCAAGGGCCA